CAUUCCUCAUCUUCCUGGGGCUCGAGAGCAGAAGAACGCGGCGACGAAAACCUACCAAGCCGAAGACACGACGGAUUCAAAUCCCUUAUGACACUUACCGAGGGCACGUAAGGUCGAUGUUGGGUCGCGGUGUGAAGCGGAAGUGGAGCUGCCUGGAGGAGCUGGAGGCCGAGGCCCGCCCUGCUGCUGCAGAGAAGGAGAGGGAUGGGAAGGAAGGUCAGGGAGAUGAGGACGGGUUCCUUGUGGGUCCGUCCAAAUCCGCCAUGAACCACCUGCAGCAGCGGCAGCUCGUGCUCGGCCUCUGCAUGGAGAAGCUCCAGAGCUACCAGGCCGGCAUGGAGCUCAGCCUGCGGCGCUCCGUGCUGCUCAUCAACACGCUCCGGCAGAUCCAGGAGGACAUGCAGAGCGACGGGACGGGGACUUCGGAGACGCUCCUCAACCACACAGACUCCUGCCUUCCCAGGGAGGACAUGCAAGUUACGUGCCCUGGGUGUACAGAGGAGGAUGGGGACAGCCUUUCUCCGCCGCUGUCCCCUGAGUUUCCUUCCCAAGAGGCAAACAGCUCGCCAGACCAGCAGAAAUCACUUCCUGCUGCAGCGAUUAAUACUUUUAGUGAGGCAGUAAACGCCAUGGGCUACCUCAGCGACCUCGCCCUGGACGACAUCUUCGAGGACAUUGACACAUCAAUGUAUGAGACUUCAGAACUGCCUUCGGCCUGGUCGGCGGGCUCCCUGUGGCCCAUCAGUGUGUCGCUGUGGACGGACGAGGACGUGAAAAUGCGUCCUCCUAGCCUCCCAUCGGCUGGGAGUCUCCAGUCGCGUCUGAUGGACCUGAACGAGCUGGACCACAUCAUGGAGAUUCUGGUAAAGUCCUGAUCACCAAGAUGAACUCCUGAACAUUUACUCAAAGAGUCUGAUCGCAGCUGAGGACAUGACCUUCGAUUUUUAAGGCAGCAUCUGAUAUUUGGGUUGAAAAGGCGAUUUUUCAACUGGAGUUCAUUCCUAUGCAAAUAACUCUUAUGAAAAUCCAUCCAAAAGCUUAAGUUAUUUGCAUGAACACGAAUAUUUAUAACAAUAGAUGGAGAAACCAUUUUAAAUAUGUUUAGGAAACAGACACUCUUUUACAUUGUCUUGGUUGCUAUAACUCAGGUUGCUAAACACUUGAUGUGUUAUGUGACGGCACCUACAGGUUUUUCUAGAAGUAUCAUUGGAAUUAAAUAUAGGAAAACUUAAGCUAUCAAAUAAUAUUGUUGACAUUCAACAAGUAAAUGUUAUUUCAAACAGACAGAGACUAAUUUCUGCUGUUUUAGGAUAGGUUGUGUGGGUCAAUAAUCUGUAGUAAAAGAACAUGAGGCAUGUCUAGACAAAGUCGAUACACCAAUAGUGUUUUGCAACCAUAGUAAAGUAACUGUAAAAGUGUCUAAAGUAGAUUUUCCUUAAUUUAGUAAAAAUGAUGAUUCAGUUGGACCGUUAAAUAUCCACAACACAUUGUUUAUACCACUUGUCUUUCCAAGUUUUUUUGUAGAAAGCAGCAUCUCUCUGAGUGAAUUUGCCAGAAGAGGAAACCUGAGCUUCCGUGUUUUGUGCGUCACUCAGACUGUAAGAUCAGACCUGAGUUGAUUAUUAAUUGAAAUCCCGUCAAUUACUUAAGAGGUGUGUCCUUCCAGCGUUGGGACUGAAAGACUUCUAUGGCUCUACGUAGGCUCUUUGAAUCAGACAUCAACCAACAGUCUUUGUGGCUGUGUUCAUGCAGCAGUCAGAGUGGUGGACAGUCUCUCUCUAUAUAUAUAAAAGAAUAAUGUGGCCACUGAAUUUGGGGAUAUCCAGCCAAAGAAGUAUCAAGUCCCCAGAGAUUAAUGCCACGCUCACAAGAAGCAGGAACAAAUAAUGACAAGAUGUUUAAAUGUCGGAACGCGUUUUAUCUAAUAUUCUUAUUUAUGAAUGAAAAAUCCACCGCAAUCUGCAGAAGAUCGUUUUUCUAUGUUUAAUUUCUUGUUCGGGUGUGAGUGUAAGUUAUAAUUCAGAUUCUUUAUGACAAACUAUUAGAAGCCUGUACGUGAAUUACUCGCGGUUGACGUGAACAGUUUAUCCUUGUCGGCAGCUUUACGGUAAAUGCAACAUGUCAUGAAAGCAGCUUAAAACAUGUAUUUCAAAUUGUUAUGUUAACCCAGUCUGGUGCUGACUGAGGAGCCCAUCGCCUCAAGUCAACAAUCAGGACUACUUUGCCAUGUCUCAGAAUUGUAAACGACAACAGAAGCCUACAGUAUGUAUUUUAUGGCCAUGAUGGUAUGACUUCUAUUGCAAUGUACAAAAACAUAUAUAUGUGUUUCUACCUGAAACUCUAAUCCCCUGUCUAUGAUUUUCUAUGUGUGGUUUCCUGUUCUACCUCCUGAUGUCUCUUCGUCUACCUGGACACUCCUGUUUGUCACUGAAAUAUUUGCUAUUUUUCACGGUUUUAACUCGGCUGAAUAUCCAAUUCAUUGCAAUCCAAUGCUUUCCUGUCAGACCAAAGCAAUCCAUCCUCAUCUCCUUCUCAUUUUAAAAUGUGCCUUACUACUGAAUUUAAUUUUGAUGAAUAGAUUUAAGUGGUUGGCUGAGCUCGAGCUUCAUUUGUAAAAACCUCAAAACUGAAGCGAGGUGUUCUUUAAAGCACCUUUUGUUUGUUCUCCUUUAUUUGCCUUUUUUUUCUGUGCUCGAUGAACACUAGUGGCAUAUGAGCUUAAUGUAUCCUGACAGGAUGACAGGAAACUAGCUGAGGGAGGAGGUGGUAGCGAGGGCCAUGAGGGAAAAAUAAGAGGAGGACAUGGAGGUGGGAGGAGGGGUGGGGGGAAGCUACUUGCGUCACUUGUUCAGUAGGAGGGGUUUAGAGACUCAGACCACCGACCAAUCACAGGAGAUGUACAAGGAGCCUACUGCUGCUGCUCCAACAACAACUUGUUUUUGCUCCUCAUGCACAGAAAUGCAGUGUUGGAUUUCAGCGUCUGAAAUGAAACCACUUCUCUGUUUUCUUUCUUUGUUUGUAUUUGUUCUAUCUGACAGGACCGAGUACAGAAAGCAGAAAGCUGCAGUGUUAUUUAUAAAUGUAUGGGUGUCAGUAAAGCACAAGCUGUAUGUUGUCCAUGCUGAUUAUGAUAUAAAUAUAACCGAAGGAUGCUAAGUAAUGAAAUGAUCAUUAAUAAUGUAUUGUAUUUUUUGUGAAAUAUUUUAUAGAUUGUAUUCAAUAAUACAGUUAGAAUACCAGAAA